CUCAUCUAUCCUUUUACUGCAAGGUGCAUGCAGUACCUGAAAACAACCAUGGAGUGGAAAAUAUUUUCCAUGUACUUGUUGCUGCUGGUUUCUGUUUUCUUGAUUCAGCAAGUUUCAUCUCAAGAUUUAUCAAGCUGUGCAGGGAGAUGUGGGGAAGGGUAUUCUAGAGAUGCCCCCUGCAACUGUGAUUAUAACUGUCAACACUACAUGGAGUGCUGCCCUGAUUUCAAGAAAGUCUGCACUAAGGAGCUUUCCUGUAAAGGCCGCUGCUUUGAGUCCUUUGCACGAGGAAGGGAGUGUGACUGUGACUCCCAAUGUGACAAGUAUGGCAAGUGUUGUUCGGAUUAUGGCAGAUUCUGUGCAGAAGUGCAUAAUCCCACAACUCCACCAUCUUCAAAGACUGCACCUCUGCCUCCAAGAGCACCUCAAACCAUCAAAUCAACAACCAAACGUUCACCCAAAUCACCAGAUAAGAAGACGACUAAGAAAGUUAUAGAAUCAAAGGAAAUAACAGAAGUAAAAGAUAACAAGAAGAAAAGAACUCCAAAUAAGAAACCUGUCCCAGAACCACCAGAUGUAGAUGAAGCUGGAAGUGGACUGGACAAGGAUGAUUUCAGGCUCACCCCAACUCCUGACAUUCCUACCACCCAACCCAAUAAAGUUACCACAACUCUCAAGAUUACAACAGCAAAACCAACAGAUCCUAAACCCAGUCUUCUACCCAAUUCUGAUACAUCCAAAGGGAAAAAGACAACAGUUGAAACAAAGGAGACAACUGUAACAAAACAAACUUCAACUAGUGUAAAAGAGAAAACUACUUCGGCUGAAGAGACACGAAAUGCAGAGAAAACAUCUACUCAAGAUUUUGGAGCCACAUCUGAUGUUCCUGUUAAACCUACACUCAAAGCUGAAACUACAACCAAAGCCUCUGCUCUUACCACUUCCAAGAAGCCUGCACCCACCACCCCCAAAGAGCCUACACCCAGUACUACCAAGAAGCCUGCACCCACCACCCCCAAAGAGCCUACACCCACUACCACCGAGAAGCCUGCACCCACCACCCCCAAAGAGCCUACACCCACUACUACCGAGAAGCCUGCACCCACCACCCCCAAGGAACCUACACCCACUACCACCAAGGAACCUACACCCACUACCACCAAGGAACCUACACCCACUACCACCAAGGAACCUACACCCACUACCACCAAGAAGCCUGCUCCCAUCAUCCCCAAGGAGCCAGUACCUACUCCCACCAAGGAGCCCGCACCCACCACCCACAAGGAGCCCACUCCCACCACCCAACACCAUGAAGUUACCACAUCUCCCCAGAUUAUAACAGUAAAACCAACAGAUCCUAAACCCAGUCUUCCACCUAAUUCUGAUACAUCCAAGGAGACAUCUUUGACAGCCAAUAAAAAGACAACUGUUGAAACUAGAGAGACUACCAUAACAAAUAUACAGACUUCAACUAGUGUAAAAGAGAUAACUUCAGCUGAAGAGACACAAAAUGCAGAGAAAACAUCUACUCAAGAUUUUGCGGCCACAUCUGAUGUUCCUGCUAAACCUAUACCCAAAGUUGAAACUACAACCAAAACCCCUGCUUUCACCACCCCCAAGGAACCAGCUCCAACCACCCCCAAGGCACCAGCUCCAACCACUCCAACCACCCCCAAGGCACCAGCUCCCACCACCCCCAAGGCACCAGCUCCAACCACUCCAACCACCCCCAAGGCACCAGCUCCCACCACCCCCAAGGCACCGGCUCCAACCACUCCAACCACCCCAACCACCCCCACGGCACCAGCUCCCACCACCCCCAAGGCACCAGCUCCAACCACUCCAACCACCCCCAAGGAACCAGCUUCCACCACCAAGACACUGGCUCCCACUACCCCCAAGGAUCUAGCACCCACCACCUCAAAGAAGCCCACUCCUACCACCCCCAAGGAGCCUACACCCACCACCCCCACAGAGCCUACUCCAACCACCUCCAAGCCCUCUGUUCCAACUACCACCAUGGAGCCUCCCAAUACCCCCGAGAUGCCAGCAGAAUUAACUCCUGAGUUUUCCGCAGGACCCACAUCAAAGGCUCUUGAAAACAGUCCAAAGGAGCCUGUUGUACCUGCAACUAAGACUUCUGAAGUGACCAAGGUUGAAAUGACUACAAUAGUUAAAGACAAGACAACAGAAAAAGACAUACGUACUACACUUGAAAUUACAACUGCUGCACCUAAGAUUACAACAAAAGAGACAGCAACUACAACAGAAGAAAAGACUACUGAAUCCAAAAUAACAAGUACAACCAUGCAAGCAACAUCUACCACAACUCAAGAUACCACAUCACUCAAAAUUACUACUCUUAAAGCAACAACUCUUGCACCCACAGGAACGACUGCAACAAAAACGUCAACUACUACAACUAAAAAGAUUAUAAACAAACCCGAAGGAACAACAACUAGACCGAAAGAUACAACUAAUUCUAAAGCAACAACUCCUAAACUCCAAAAGCCAACCAAAGCACCCCAAAAGCCUACUUCUACAAAAAAGCCAAACAUAACACGUAGAGUGAGAAAACCAAAGACUACACCACCUCCCCCAAAGAUGACUUCAACAAUGCCUGAAUUAAACCCUACCACUUUAGCAGAAGCCACGCUCCAAACCACCACCAGCCCUAAACAAACUCCAAACUCAGAAAUAGUUGAAUUAAAUCCAACGUACGAAGAUGCAGAUGGUGAAGGAGAAAAACUUCUUAUGAUUCCCAUGCCACCUGUGUUAACUCCUAUAGUUAUUCCAGGCACUGAUUACUUAGUGAGAGGACACAUUCAAGGCCCUAGCACCAACCCCAUGCUUUCAGGUGAGACCAAUUUAUGCAAUGGUAAGCCGGUAGAUGGACUGACUACUUUGCGCAACGGAACAUUAGUUGCAUUUCGAGGUCAUUAUUUCUGGAUGCUAAAUCCGUUCAGUCCACCAUCUCCACCUCGCAGAAUUACUGAAGUUUGGGGUAUUCCUUCCCCCAUUGACACUGUUUUUACUAGAUGCAACUGUGAUGGAAAAACUUUCUUCUUUAAGGAUUCUCAGUACUGGCGUUUCACCAAUGAUAUAAAAGAUGCCGGGUAUCCCAAACAAAUUGUAAAAGGAUUUGGAGGACUAAAUGGAAAAAUAGUGGCAGCUCUUUCAAUCGCUAAAUACAAGGACAGGCCUGAAUCUGUGUAUUUUUUCAAGAGAGGUGGCAGUGUUCAGCAGUAUACUUAUAAACAGGAACCCAUCAAAAAGUGCACUGGAAGAAGGCCUGCUAUAAAUUAUUCAGUGUAUGGCGAACCAACACAGGUUAGGAGACGUCGCUUUGAACGGGCUAUAGUACCUUCUCACACCAUCAGAAUUCACUAUUCACCAGUCAGAGUUGCUUAUCAAGAUAAAGGUUUACUCCAUAAUGAAGUUAAAGUGAGUACACUGUGGAGAGGAUUUCCAAGUGUGGUUACCUCUGCUAUAUCGCUGCCCAACAUCAGAAAACCUGAUGGCUAUGAUUACUACGCCUUUUCUAAGGAUCAUUACUAUAACAUCGAUGUGCCUAGAAGAACAGCAAGAGCAGUUACUACUCAUUCUGGGCAGACCCUAUCCAAAGUCUGGUACAACUGUCCUUAGAAUGAUGGGCAAAGGAGAGUCAUCUAACUGAAAUGAAGAAAAGAAUGAUAAAUUCUGACACUGAAAUACAUUUUAUUAAUAAAGAAUAUUGAGAUGAGCAUACCAAUUUAAAUACAAAAAUGUUUUUAAACUCGACAAUCAUUACACUAAAACAGAUUUGACAAUCUUAUUCACAGUUUUU